CCAGUCGCCGAAAAGAAGUUCGACCCUGAGAGCGGCCAGGUUUACUCUGAAGUUGAGGUUCGCGCGAGCGGCAACAAGCAUCUGGAUUGGAUACGCGAGUUUAAUACGCCUCGUGCGGUCAUAAAACCUCUGCCGAAUGCCAAGGGUGCUCGUUCCCUGGCGGAAGUCGCAAGGGCGAAAGUGGUCACAGAGUUCUCUAAUCUAACACCAGAACACUUUGCCAGCAUACCGUGGACGAUGGCGGAAAUUAUCUGGGACCACGUAGUGGCAACGCGAGCUGAGACCUUCCACGCCUGGAGGACUCUCGCCACGGUGUAUCCCGAGGCGGAGGAGUUUGGUCAGCGGCACUAUCGAUACUUCAUACGCCUCAAGCAACCAUCGUUGCCAUUGACGGACUACUACAGGGGUAUUACGUCCCCGGAGCUGAAAUGGCUCACUUGCGUUCGCCUCUGUCCCCAACAGCUACUCACCCAAGAUCUCGUGUCCGUUCACACAAUCACGAAUCUUGCAGUUCUCGACGUUUCUAACACCGGCAAUGAGUAUAGCGAAGUCGGCUCGAGCUUUGACGAACGACUUUUGUUGUCAUGGACACAACUUGCGGCCUCAGGGCAAGCAUUCCAGCACCUUCGGGUUCUGAUGUUUGGCUGGCAAGCAAACUUGGACCGAUGGAUAUUCAAAUACACGCAUCAUUUCCCGUCUCUUUGCCAUAUCAUUGUGACUGAUUGUCCGCACAUGCAUCAAAAGAACAGGGCUGUGUGGGAGAAGACGUCUCAAACAGCGGGGUGGGAAGCGAGACACGCAAAGCGGAGUGCUAAAGGCCUCCGGCCCGUAAUUAGGAGCGAAGAUUUCCACGCUGGCUCGAUAUCAGGGUGUUACUACGAGAGUCAAGACUUGUUCAACCAGCUGGGCCAUAGCAGACGACCCAAUCUUGAGCAGCAACUUCCGAUACUCGAAGUCUGGUUGGGAACUCCCCGUCCGUGGUCGCAUAUUGUCGACGAUUUCCCUGGUACGUACACU